CUCGCCGCGCUGCCGGUCCGGGGGUCGCCGCUCGCCCGCUCGCCCGGCGGAGGGGGGCGCGGAGGGCUCUCCCCGCCAUGGCCUUCACCUUCGCCGCCUUCUGCUACAUGCUGUCGCUGGUCCUCUGCGCCGCCCUCAUCUUCUUCGCCAUCUGGCAUAUAAUUGCCUUCGAUGAACUUCGGACAGACUUCAAGAGCCCCAUCGACCAGUGCAACCCGGCCCACGCAAGGGAGCGGCUGAGGAAUAUUGAGCGGAUUUGCUUCCUCCUGCGAAAGCUGGUGCUGCCAGAGUACUCCAUCCACAGUCUUUUCUGCAUAAUGUUUUUAUGUGCUCAGGAGUGGCUCACACUGGGGUUAAAUGUUCCUUUGCUUUUUUACCACUUCUGGAGGUAUUUUCGUUGCCCAGCAGAUAGCUCAGAGCUGGCAUAUGAUCCACCUGCAGUCAUGAACGCAGAUACCUUGAGUUACUGCCAAAAAGAGGCCUGGUGUAAGCUGGCCUUCUACCUCCUUUCCUUCUUCUACUAUCUCUACUGCAUGAUCUACACUCUGGUGAGCUCUUAACUGAAAGAUCAUCGCUAAAGACUGAAAACAACAAAGGCUGGAGGUGCAAGGAUGAGUGAACCAAGGGAUGCAUGAUUAAAAAAAGCAAAGAGGAGAACUUUGAACCCAAGCAGUAAAUACGGUACAUGAAAGAGAGAUCCAGCAAAGAGAAGCAGAAUACCAUGGGAGAAUGGCUGAGUUAAUUGUGUUUGUCUCCUGUUUCUCAAUGUAUUGCAGCAAAUGAUUUUUCAAAACCCAAGCAAACAAAAAAAAAAAAUAGCAACAACAUGGGCCAAAUUAUACAACUAUUCACCUCUCCAGGGAUAAUGCUGCUUGGUUUGGUGGAUUUGUUAAAACUGUAAUCCCUAUAGCCCCUACUGUCUUCCAGAAAGCAACGCUUCUUAAGGACUAUUCUGGACUGAGGAAGCACAGGACAAGAUGAUCUUACACAGAAAGAAGAACUGUACCACAUGUUCUGAAAAUGAGUGCUGAGUGGACUUCAUAUAUGAUGUGUGACUGUCCUACAGGGCUGUUUGCAUGACUCUAGUCAAACAGGGGUGUCAAAUCUCAUGGAACCGCUUCAGUGCUUUUGGUUUCUUGGUUUUUGUCCCCAACCAAAACAACAAUAACGAAGGAAUUUGCAGUUUCAGUGUUCUGUAUUCUAACUAUAUGCUAUUCCUGCAGGUGAACAUCCAGUAUGUUUCUGUACUUCAUUUGUGAUGCGCCAACACCAUACAGUGAGAUGUAGAAAUACAUUGGGUUUAACCUAAUCAGGCCAGGCACUUACCAGAAUAGUGUUCCUCUGACUGAAAAAUACCCCAAACCAGGUAAAAGCUGCAUAUAUUUAAAGAGGAUUGUAACGUAGCUAUUAUAUUCAUCACAAUGCUGGAUAGCAAAUACUGGACCAGCUAAUUGUGGUCUGUAAUUCUGUUUUGCAGUUGUACUUCUGCUGUAAAAUUUAAGCUGGAGCAAAUACACAAAAUGUCUUUGUCUUGUAUCAGGUUCCUUUUGAAAGAUGUUCAGUUUUUUAUAGUUUAAAGGUUUUAAAAUUUUGUCAUAGAAUUCUCAUUCGAAUUCAUUCGUAUGGGCUGCUUAUCUUUAUACAUAUGUAUGUAUAUACAAAUACAUAUCUAUAUAAAUACAAUCUAUUUACAUUUUA